CAGCUUAAUUACGUAAGGACGUACCCCUUCAGCACGUUGUGGCGUGAUUCGCACUCCGGUUGUGAAUGCAAAAAUGUGGUUCUUAAAUCUCUUUGCUCACUAAACUUGCAAGGAGGCCAGCCAGUUCAGCAGUGUUGCGUUGUCAUUUUCUCGCUGUACUUCUUUGCGAGUAGUUACAGGUUCUUCGAGGACUCCUCGCUUGAUUCUGUAUCUUUGGACCUCAUCAUGGACAAUGAGAACAAGACUCACUUCCCAUUCUCUUUCGGGAGGAUAGGAAGCGCAGAUGCUUCAGGAGCAAUUACCAGCAACCCAAAUCUGGCUCCUCUUUCCCCAUACUUGAAUGUGGAUCCAACCUACAUUGGAAGGGGGCAGCCAGAAUUCAUCUUUCCUGAGGGAGCCAGCCAUAGAAGAGGACGUUUUGAACUAGCCUUUAGUCAGAUUGGUGGAUCAGUGAUGGUUGGAGCCAGUCUAGGUGGUGUGAAUGGUCUUUACAAGGGGUUCAGGGAUACUUCACUUGCAGGACACCAAGGCAGUGUGAGAAGGACUCAGUGAGGACCAUUUUAUUUAAUUGACCACUUUACUUUUGACAUGAAUAUAAAUAAUGUUUUUUAUGCCCCUAGAAUCUUGAAUUAUGUAAUGAAGAGAGGUUCUGCCACAGCCAACACCCUGGGUGUUGUUGCUGUUAUGUAUAGCAGUUUUGGAGUUCUGCUUUCUUGGCUGAGGGGAGUAGAUGAUGAACUGAACACUAUCACAUCAGGAACUGUGACAGGACUCCUGUAUAAGUCAUCUGUCACCUUAGACAUGGUCUUCCCAGAAGUUUCAUGA